GCAUUUCAGUUGUGAAUCAUAAUUGGAUGUAUGGGAAGAACUGGUGACACGAUGGGGAAAAAGGAAAAGAAACCCGCCUCAGGUGUCAGUAGACUGCCGAAGAAGAUCUGUCUAAAAACUAAGAAAUGUUUACCUGUGAAAGGAGGGUCAUCAUCAAACAGCCUGAACGAGGAACAUGAUCAUCAGAUUCAGAGCGUGACCGAACAGAAGAAAGGGAAGCAACCCCACACAAAACAGCCGGAAAGUAAAGCGAAACAGAUCCCUCCUGUCAAAGUUCCCCAGAUUGAAACAAAAGUAGUGAAUGUUGGGAAAGAAUCGGUGUACGGUCAUCACAUCAACCAGCAGAAGGUUAGACAACCCCGGACUGAACGUGGAAUAGAGCGGUACCCAGCUGAUUUGGAAACGUUUGGUCACCGCCAACCGGGUCACGUGGAACCGGUCUAUGUGAGACAAGGGAGACAAGUGGGUAGAGUGCCGCAUGGCAAUGUGUACAACCCGGUCUACAGUGAGAGAGAACCAGUCUAUGUGAAGCACGGUGAGCACGGGCGACUGAAGUCGAAGGCCGAGUUCACGGAUCAAGAACCGGUGUACGUGAAGCAUGGAUCACACGACGUCAUCUACGGCCGGCCGGCGAAACCCGAGCGUGUGCACGUGCAGAUGCAUUACAUGUCACGGGAGAACUUCAACGACCACGAGACCGUGUUGGUGAGACACACCUACCCGUCGGACAGCGCUGGGUACGAACUCCCCCUCAAGCUCGACCGGUCCCGCACUCCUUCCAGGUACACCUCCGACAGUGCUUUGGUCGACGUCGAACCCGUGUACAUAAAACAGAGAUCCAAAUCGGGACAUCGUCUUGUACCCGAUCGGCACGCGGGCAUCGAGAGAUACGCGUCCGAUAAUGCUCUGGUUGCAGGGCACGAGGUGUUGUAUGUGAAACACGGCAAGAAGGGCGUGCCCCACGCACAACCACCACCUACCUCAGAUCCACGCCGCUGCGAGGGGCACUACGCUUCCACAAGUCAACGAGAACCGCUGUAUACCUCGGUGAAAAACCCUAGUGACUAUGAAGGACAUAGAUAUCGAACCAGAAGCGAGGAAAGGGGCGAAAAAAUAUACGAGAGAAACAGACUCAUAAAAGGGGGCGAAGAAGGCGAUUCGGACAUUUAUGGUCAUUCUAGUUACCAAAAUCGUUCCAGAAGCCAAGAAAGGGAUUCUGAAAUUUAUGACAAGACUCGACAACACAUAAUCGACGGCAGUGUACAGGUACAUGAAAGUAGCAGACAUUCCACCGCUAAUAAAGUGGGUGAUGAAAGUGUAUACGAAGGUCGAAAUGUGAGGGCUUCGUCGGCCGAGAAAGAACAAGAUUAUGACUCUAGGAUAUACGAAGCUAGCAUUCCUGACCGAGAUGACGUCCUGUCUGCAUCUAACGACACACUGAGUAGUGACAUGGAGUCACAGAGUAGCAGACGCGGCCGCAAGCCUCGCAGACACACGGUCACUGUUGGGGCGGGUCCGGAAACCAAUGAAGAGGAAAAGGAGAAAAAGCGGGCAGCCUUCAUGGAGAUGCUAGCUCAGAGGUACCCUGAGUACGCUGAGAAAAUCAGUGGUCAUUACAGUGACAGCGGAUAUCAUUCCAAGCCUCGAACCCGAGAGCACCAGCGUCGCCGGACGACAAUUGUGACGUACGAGCCGGACCACAACCGAUCGGCUGAGUAUGACUCGGGGACCGUGUCCGACAUGGAUGUCCCUUCCGGCUUCACCCGGGGCGGGUUCAUGCGGUCCAGUCUCCCCAUCGUGCGCAGCGCCUCCCUGUCGUUCGAGAGGCCACUUGGAGACACGCUCGGUUUGGUCUUUCUGGUGUACGGAGAUGAAACUAAAAAAGCCCUGCUUCCCAAUGAGAUUACAACACUCGACACCGUCCAGGCUCUGUUCGUGCGAUCCUUCCCCGAGAAACUCUCAAUGGACUACUUCAAAAGCACCAAGAAAAAAAUCUAUGUCCUUGAGCCAAAAUCCAACAUAUUCUUUCAGCUAGAAGAUUUGAGGGAUAUCCGAGACCGCACAGUUCUGAAGGUCCACGAAUGUGAUAGUCAAGAGCCACAGAAGGUGAAGGACAUUCAGCCAGUGAGGGGCCGGACCAUACAACUUGCUAAGUCCCGUCCACCCCCAAAACCAGCACACACUUUGGUUGAUGAUCAGGCUGAUAGAGAUAAGUAUGCCAGAAGUCAGAGUUUGCCUCCUCAUAUUCCCCAUGGUUACCAGGGUCUCAUGGAAGAGCAGCGUGUGCAGUGGGAGGCUGAACAGAGGUCAAGGUCACAGACACCAGAUCCGCAGAGGCCGCACACACUACCCAUGACACAGCAGCGGCCCAAGGUUUCGCCAGACCGACUGCCAACCCCAGAACGAUUGCAGCUGGGAACAAUACCCGAGCACCAUCUGAUGAAGAAUGGGUUUCCGGAGCAGGCCGUCAACGGUUACUACGAACCUGGUCCAGGUUACCAUAGAGACCCCCGGCUCCUGACAGCUUCUCCUACUGGAUCAAGUAGAACGUUUUCGCCACAGCCGGGGGUGCCUAUCUAUGAGACACCUUACGGGUACCACCAGCAGGCACCUGGGGCCCCGCCUCAGACGUAUGUUGCUCACAGUGUACGGGCAAAUACAGUACACGUGCCGCAAAGAGCCACAACAGUACCACCCACUGAUCCCAGGCACGUCAGUCGCAAUUCCUCCUCUAACCGCCACUCUCUCAGUUUCGCCCCCAUGUCCACAUCAGCUGGCGUUCCCCCAACACUGGACCCGAACUACCAGCGGUCGGCUAGCUAUCGUGUGACCCCCGAGAGAGAGAUUCCGAGAGAGGUUCCGAGGUCGCGGAGCAUCACGCCACAGCCCGGGGACUUUGAAACCAAGUACACCCCGCCAAUAAAGCGUAUUGACCAGAUGGAGGCUCAGCUGGCGAGCCUGACGGCGUGGGUUCACAAGUCGGUGGUGGACAAACCGGACCGGGGCAUAGACGGCAUGAAGAGUGGUAGUACGUCCGAUGGGGACUCUUACUCCACAUCCAGCACUCUGGAUGUUGAGAGGACGGUCGUCGUCACAGGUAUGUCUGAUAUCCCGGUGUCCUCGACAGACCCCAGUGUUGUGAUAUCCAAGGAGAUGAGGGCGUGCAUGCUGGCGAUCAAGAGGAAGACGGCCGAGCUUCGAGCCGAUCUGCGGAGUUUAAAGAGAAUGCAUCAGUUCAACAGAGAGUCUUUAGCAGACUCCAUGUAUGAUACGGCCAGGCAAAUCAAGGAUGUUUUGUCGAGUGUUCCCAGUGCUAACUGCCAGGUUGUGCGACAGCAUCGCUCUGACAUGGAUGAGCAUCAGCAGCUAUACACGGAAUCCAGAUCGAGGAUUGGAAAAGAGCUCUCUGACCUGGAAGCGAAUGUGGAGGAGCUGCGUUCAGAUGUGAUCUCCCGCCAGUGUCGUGUGAACAUGUCUGACGUGGAGGGCAUGGCUCUCGUACUGAGUAACAUCACCAAGGCUCUGGCAGAACUCAAAGGUAACUUCCCAGCUCUUCAAGAAAACCUGAAGCAAGUGAUGGCGGGCGAGAUGGAGAUUGUUGUAACAGAAGAGAAAUUCUUGAAAGAGGAGCCAGAGAGAAUUGAAACUGAACUCAAGAGAUGUAAAAAGCUGACAGGAACUCUGUACACCUUGAAGAGACUGGCCUCUGUUCAGGAGCACCGCUGUCCCCAGGUGCCGGCCAUCGCGAUGAGUUCUUUGGAGCCCACUGAGGAUGAUAAGCAGCUUGUGUUAGAAAACAUCCGUGCAGUCGUUCCUGAUCACGAUUCACGGCUACAGCGCCUAGAGGCUGCGGAAUCGUCUCGUGAGAGAAAGAAGAAGAUAGUGGGUCAGCAGGAGGCCCUGAAGAUGGGCAAGACCCUGGAGCUGGCCACCAAGGCUCUCAAACCCAUGACAGACGGCUCGGGGACGGGAUCCUCCACCGAGAACAUCGCCGAAACACAGCCCGAUGGUCACAGCAAGGUCACACAUCCCACAGAGAAAAUCAGCAACGUCAGAAAGGGAGAGUCGAAUGAGGACGUUGUGUAUGAAGUGAUCGACAGCAAGGACGGAAAACGGGAUCCAGGGGCCGGUCUCCAUGACAGCAAAGAGGCAGCUCGCUCAGCUUUCUUUAAUGCAUUAUCUCCCCCUGUUUCACCCCGCGAUCCUGCGCUCCACAAGACAACCAUGGAUUAUACUGUUCGGAUCUCACCUGCUAAAAAUGUGACAUCGUCGAGUACUAAUGUCGUUUACACUACUAGCAUGGCACCCACUCCUGUUACGUCAUCAUCGGAUCUAAAACCUAACAAUCUGAGUAUAGCCACGGACAAAAAGGGUAAUUUAGAAGGUGGCAUUGCACAGUCUAAUGAUAUUUCUCCAACGAGAGCAAAAUCUGCUUUCUCCAGCAUUCCUCAGCGAUCGGGAAAACCAAGUUCUUCCUUGACGCCAGCUGCAGGGUCACAUGGUAGGAUCUCGCCCAGUCAGCCUGGGAAGAAGGAUGAUGCCAAACAGAAGAAGAUCCCACCGCCGCCACCACCGCGGAAAAGUAGUCGAUUACCCACGUCAAGUGUGAUGACCAGCAUGCCAGUAUCUAGUCAAGGGGUCGUCACUGGCCCCUUCAUGUCCCCAGUCUGCCCCGUGUCCCCCAAGACAUCCCCGACAUCAGAUGGUGCUAAAUCUGUAGCUAGAGACAAAAAUGUACCGUUAAAUCCUCAAGUGAAAAUUGCUGCCAGAACUGGGCCGGUUUCUUCCACGCCCAAGCCCACACCGCCUAAAAAGCCGACGACCAAGUUCGAGAAGGAUCUGGUGGCUGGUAUAUACGCCAACAUGAACCGGCCGGACCUGCAGCACCAGAGGAUAUCCGCGGGAAGCAUAAUAAGAAAAACGGCCGAAGAAACCGCGUCCCAGGGAGCCGCGACGCCUUCCCGCGAGGAGCGUGGGAGCAGCAGCGACAGCACGAGUUCCAGCACCAGCCUGGAUUCGCAGCAAGGCGCGGUUAACGUUGGAAAACCGAGAUCGGAAUCGUUGACCGACGGCGUGAAGAGACCGAAACCUCCACCUCCCGAACGGAGGUCCAGUCUUCAACAGAAGUCUCACAUUGAGAUGCAGGACGCUGCCAUGUCGACGAGCGGGGAAACUAUCCCAUCACCUGCGAAGUGUUUGUUUGCCGAUGUCGCGGGGUCGGAGGUGAACAAAACCCGGCUCCUACAGGAGCAGCAGAAAAAACUAGAACACAUCGUGUCCGAAACGAACGAGAUGAUCAAACAGCAGCAAAAGCUGAACGAAUCGAAAAAUCCCGUGAAUGGUAGUGCUGGCAAAUCAAAGAGCUGAUAAAAGCUCGUUGCUAAAAAAAAUAUAUAUAUAUAUUUGAAUUAUAAAAUUAAAGUUAAACAAGUGGCAGUUUCCAGUCACACUGUUUUUGGAUAUUUCAGAAACUAGUUUUUGAUGUAAUGUGAAUUUUGUUGAUACAAGUCGAGGUUGAUGUAUGUUGUUGAAGCUAAAAAGGUGCUGUUAUUAAUUAAAAGGAAUAGCAAAGUGUAGGAUUACCGAUUCCACACAGUACAACACAUAGAAGUGCAGUGGAAAUAUGAUUGCCAUACAAAUCAUGUGAAUAACAAAGUGAGAGUAAUGCCAAAGAAAUGUACAGAUCAACUGUGAUAAAGGAAAACUUAUCAUCAGAUUCUAUAUAGUAAAACUUAUCAAAUAUUUCUGGUGGGUCCAGAUUUCGAAGAACAAAAAGGAGGAAUUUAACCUUAAGACUGUUGUUACAAAUAUUUCUGUGAAUUUCAACUUGGUUUGCUUCUAAAAUGGAUAUAUAAAAAGUGUUUCAAUGUUUCCACUGGUUUCUAUAAAGGAUCCCACAAGACCAAAAGGUAUGACUGCAAUUCAAGUCGUCAUUUCAUCUGCAUCCAUGUAGGGGCCAUAUCAUUCUGUUACCAUGGAAAAUGCUGUAUUUGAAUUGUUUAAUAUGUUGAUGCAUAGAAAAUGCAAUUUAGCAGCACAUGACCACAUUUUCCUACCAGAGAAAGAAACUGCAAUCCAUUGAUAUUUCUGUUGAUUUAUCCAGCAGUUAGGUUUACCAAUAGAAAUACAAACUGAAACUUUCACUCUUUGAGAUGGUUGGUCAUUCAUAACUUCAUUCAUGAGUUUUCUCGUGAAAAGUGGUAUCCAUGGAUACAAGACACAUUUAGAAUGUCUAUAUAAUCAUGAGGUGCAAUUGUCUCAUAGGUAUAGCUACAAGUGAUACACCACAUGGAUUUAAGUGCAGAUAGAUAGGGUGCUACAAUAAACAGGUUUUUCUAAUGUUUUGUAUCGGACUAUUUCCCCCCCCCCGAGAUGGAUUCAGGAUAAGACAACUUAGUGAAAAAAGUGCACGAUUUCUAGGAAAGGUAUUCCUAAUGCUCUCAGAAUUACAAUUAUUUGGCAAUUAUCAGCGACAUUUUGUGAAAAGUUGGGUGUUUAAUUGUUUGUGAAUGGUCUAACCCAGAACUAGUUGUGUGGAGUAUGUAAUUGCCUUACAGUUAAGCAUAUUGUUGAAUGUAGACGGGAGUUACAUACAUAUACGUUUACAGUUUUGUUGACAGUUUUCAAAUUUAUAUGUUUACAAAUUUAAUUGUAUUAUAGAGAGUACUGUUUGAAAAAACUCAGGGUACCAAGAAAAAUUUAAUCACUAGAAAAACAAUGUUUUGCCAGCAAGUUAAAUCAAAUGGCAGUGUUUUAACAAUGUAGCAACACCUCUGCUUACCGGUAACAUAAAUUGAAUUUGCCAUAGGUUGUGAACUUUAUAUAUCAUGGUUGUGUCAAAUUUACUAGCAUGUCUGCAGUUUGGGGACUUCCGGUUAAAAACAUCAUUUAUUGUCAGCAUUCAGAUUUGCAUGUUUAAGCAAUUUAGAUUGAUGAAUAUAUUAACAAAUAAUUGUGUGGUAAACAGGUCAGGUCAGGUCAGGUCAGAGUGUUUAAUGUGCACAUUCAGAACAAGCUGUUGUAGCGCACGCCUGUCCUGGGCACAGGUGUCGACUUCAGCCGGCCCCUCCAUCCAGGACAAGAAAGGGGUAGGAUGAAGCCAAAGAGAAAUAGUGCACAUUUUUGAGAAGGAAAUCAUUCGCAAUUUUGAACGGUCUGCCAAAAAAUAAAGGAGGGAGCUACGUAUAGUUUGGAAGAUUAGUAAACCGAGAGUAGCUCGUCAAGGGGACCUAGAUGAUGUUGAAAUGUCUCCCUAGGUUGCACAUAGGGGCCCUUAAAAGGGCCUGAACUGUUCAGCUGUGGUAAACAAAGUAAUUUCGAUUUUAAAACGAUAAUAAUCUGUAAAGAGAUGGGUUUUAUCAUAUGAAUAACCAGUUUUAAAUUAUGAUAAAAGGAAACUCAUUAAAGUCUCAAAGAGGUCAUACUUGAUGCUUAUUUAAAACAAAAGUAGUUGAAAAUAUGUUCAAAACAACUAUACAUACAUGUAUAUCGAAAUGAAAAACAUUUACAUAAUUAUAAUCUAUAAAAUAAAACCUUAAUAAUGCAACUUAAGAACUUGACCUGUAAUGUGAAAUAGUUCUCUCACUAGAUCUACAUAGAAGAGAGGAUAGUCUGGAAAUUAUUUAAAAUUGACAUCAAAUAUAAUGUCAUGGAUGAAAACAGAAUCUGAAUGGUCAUUUUAAAACUGCUUAAAUCUUGGAGUAACUGUCCCCUCAUUACAGCAUGUCUUGUAAAGUCAAGGUGCAAUACAGUAUUAUAUUUGUAUAGGUAAUAGACUUACCGGUAAACAGUACUUGUUACCAUCUAUGCAUGCAUAUGAAAUUUUACAAAAGUUAUUAAAGAAAACGGAUCUACAUUUCUUAUUCAUAUAUGUUCAUGUUUCACUGUAUUGGUUGUGAAUUUUCUCCUGUCUUUGGUUAGUGUUACAUGUACUUGGAAUGCUAAAUAUAUUUUUGUGCAGCCUGUUAAUUGCACAUCUAUUGAAAAGCUGCCAGUGUGCCUGAAGGAAUGCUCUCUACUUAAAAUUAUCAUUAGAAGCUUUAUAAUGCUGAAAGUAGGUUGAAACAUGAAAACAAGAAAAAACCCAUUUGUUAAACAAACUGUAUAUUCAUGAAACUCGAAAUUAUUUCUAUAAAAAAGCUUGUAUGGAAUUUUUAAUAUUAAGACAUAAAAUUGCUUCUCUUGAACAUCUUGUGUUCAAGUUUGUUUAUGCUGUUUAUAUUUUUCAUUUGAAAAAAGUUUCUGAUCUCUCUGUUUUGUUAUGCCCAGUGUGCGUGUAUAUACUUUCUAGCUGAGAGGAAUUUGCGUCACUUUAAUUUGCUUAUUUAUGAACAAAACAGCUGUAAUCGAUUUUAAUAUUUAUAAUUUAUAUACAGUGAACUUAUGAUUUUGAUCAAGUUUGUUCUAAGCAUGAUUCACUGGAGAUAUCUAGUACAAUUAUUAUAUGGCAUGAAACUAGCAUAUUUUCACCUAGCGUGUUCUUGCUUCAUUCAUUAAUUCACGUUUACUUUGGAGCAGUAUAGGACUGGAUUCAAAAUAGAAAUAAAUACAAGUGAAAUCUUUAUAUUUCAGAAUCAUAUUUUUCAAAAUUCAACUAAACAAAACAUUUCUGCUUUUUACUUUAAAAGUAAUGAUCCAUUUGUAUAAAAUGUGUAUACAUUAUCUUUGUGGCAUACAUUCAAUAAUGGAAAGACAUGUUUUAUUUAACAACGCACUCAACACAUUUUAUUUACGGUUAUAUGGCGUCAGACAUAUGGUUAAGGACCACACAUAUAUUGAGAGAGGAAACCCGAUGUCGCCACUUCAUGGGCUACUCUUUCCGAUUAGCAGCAAGGGAUCUUUUAUAUGCACCAUCAGACAGGGUAGUAUAUACCACAGCCGUUUAUACACCAGUCAUGGUGCACUGGCUACAUUCAAUAAUGGAUACCAGUAGACUGGUAUUUUCCAUCUAACUCUCCGACUGAACAUUUGGUUGAAGUCUUGUUAAAUUUAUAUAUGAUCAAAGAAAUUUUGCUACAUUUUAUAUAUUUUUGUGUGAUGAAUUGAUUUUUCUAAUAUUUGUUUGGGGGUAUGUUUAAACUUUCUUAUUCCAAUGAAUGAGACUCCAGGACAAUUUCAAGGUCAUUUAAAACUUUGUUUAACCUGGAAUUAUGUAAACAUUUUAAGGGGAGUAUUUUUUUUAUAAAGGACUGCCAGCAGUUAAAUGGAUUAUUUAUAUUUUCACUAAUCAGUACAAAGCAUGCAAAAUAUUAUGGCUUCACCAUGCUACUUUCAGUCCAUUGACACACAAUGUACACAUUUCUAUCAUGUAAAAUGUUCAGUCUCUAAGCAUUGGGCUAUUUCUCGUUCCAGCCAGUGCCCCACAACUGGUAUAUCAUAGGCCAUGGUAUGUACUACCCUGUCUGUGGGAUGGUGCAUAUAAAAGAUCCCUUGCUGCUAAUCGAAAAGAGU